CAGACAAGGGACAAUAGUGGGGAGAAAGCAUGCCGAGAUACACAGUACACGUCCGAGGGGAAUGGCUGGCAGUGCCUUGCCUGCAGAGCACCAACACCAUCCGGUGGCUGGGGAAGGAAGCUGUCAGGCGGUACAUGAAGAACAAACCCGACAACGGGGGAUUUGCCUCGGUGGAAGAGGUGAAAUUUUUCAUUCGAAGAUGCAAGGGACUUGGGUUGCUGGAUCUUGAUGAUACGGUGGAGGAUGCUCUAGAGGACAAUGAGUUUGUUGAAGUGGUUAUAGAAGGGGAUAUAAUGUCUCCAGAUUUCAUACCAUCUCAGCCAGAAGGAGUUCAUUUAUACAGCAAAUACCGAGAACCAGAACAGUAUAUUUCUUUAGAUGGCAACAGCUUAACAACGGAGGACUUGGUCAGUUUAGGAAAGGGGCUCUACAAGAUUAAGCUAACACCAGAAGCUGAAGCUAAAGUCAAUCAAUCACGAGAAGUGAUUGAAAGGAUUGUAAAGGAACAGACAGUUGUUUAUGGAAUCACCACUGGGUUUGGGAAGUUUGCCAGGACUGUCAUCCCAAACAGCAAGCUGAGGGAGCUUCAAGUGAACUUAGUUCGUUCACAUUCUGCAGGUGUGGGGAAACCUUUGACCCCAGAGAGGUCUCGCAUGCUGUUGGCACUGAGAAUCAAUGUCCUAGCAAAAGGAUACAGUGGCAUAUCCCUAGAAACGCUCCAUCAAGUUAUUGAAGCAUUUAAUGCAUCCUGCCUUCCUUAUAUCCCAGAGAAAGGGACAGUUGGAGCCAGCGGAGACUUGGCCCCCCUCUCUCAUCUUGCUCUGGGAUUAAUUGGAGAGGGAAAGAUGUGGUCCCCAAAGAGUGGCUGGGCUGAUGCUAAAUACGUCCUGGAAGCCCAUGGUCUGAGACCAAUUACCUUGAAACCAAAAGAGGGUCUGGCUCUUAUCAAUGGGACUCAAAUGAUCACCUCACUGGGAUGCGAAGCAGUUGAAAGAGCUGGUGCUAUAGCUCGACAAGCUGACAUCAUCGCUGCCCUUACACUUGAAGUCUUGAAGGGAACAACAAGGGCCUUUGACACUGAUAUCCAUGCAGUGCGCCCACAUCGAGGGCAGGUCGAAGUGGCGUUUCGAUUCAGGUCCCUCCUAGAUUCUGACCAUCAUCCAUCAGAAAUAGCAGAGAGCCAUAGAUUCUGUGACCGAGUUCAGGACGCGUACACAAUGCGCUGCUGCCCUCAGGUCCACGGAGUUGUAAAUGAUACAAUUGCUUUUGUGAAGGACAUUAUGACAACUGAAAUCAACAGUGCCACAGACAAUCCUAUGGUGUUUGCUGAAAGAGCAGAGACCAUUUCUGGAGGAAAUUUCCAUGGUGAAUAUCCUGCAAAGGCUUUGGAUUAUUUGGCAAUUGGUGUGCAUGAACUUGCUGCAAUUAGUGAAAGAAGAAUUGAGAGGCUCUGCAACCCCUCACUCAGUGAACUGCCUGCAUUUUUAGUCACUGAGGGAGGUCUGAACUCUGGCUUCAUGAUUGCACACUGCACAGCAGCUGCCCUGGUUUCUGAGAACAAAGCCUUGUGCCAUCCUUCUUCUGUGGAUUCUCUCUCAACCAGUGCUGCUACUGAGGAUCAUGUGUCCAUGGGAGGAUGGGCUGCAAGAAAAGCUUUGAGAGUUAUUGAACAUGUGGAACAAGUUCUGGCUAUCGAGCUGCUCGCAGCCUGCCAGGGCAUCGAAUUCCUACGCCCUCUGAGAACGACAACCCCAUUGGAGAAGGUCUACGACCUUGUGCGCUCCGUGGUGAGGCCUUGGAUGAAGGAUCGCUUCAUGGCCCCGGACAUUGAAGCAGUGCACAGGCUGCUGGUGGAGCAGAAGGUAUGGGAGGUGGCUAAACCUUACAUAGAAAAGUACAGGAGGGAACACAUCCCUGAGUCAAGACCCAUUUCACCAACAGCUUUCACCCUGGGAUCGAUGGAGAUUAAUAAGGGUGUUGGCCAUGACCAUAGGCAUCAGGAUGAUCUUUAA